UUCCGGUUCCCGCAGCCUCUGCAGCCAUGAGCAGCAAAGUCUCUCGCGACACCCUGUACGAGGCGGUGCGGGAGGUCCUGCACGGGAACCAGCGCAAGCGCCGCAAGUUUCUGGAAACGGUGGAGCUGCAGAUCAGCCUGAAGAACUACGACCCCCAGAAGGACAAACGUUUCUCGGGCACCGUCAGGCUCAAGUCCACCCCUCGCCCCAAGUUCUCGGUGUGCGUCCUGGGGGACCAGCAGCACUGCGAUGAGGCCAAGGCCGUGGAUAUCCCCCACAUGGACAUCGAGGCGCUGAAGAAGCUCAAUAAGAACAAGAAGUUGGUCAAAAAGCUGGCCAAGAAGUAUGACGCCUUUCUGGCCUCUGAGUCUCUGAUCAAGCAGAUCCCGCGUAUCCUGGGCCCAGGCCUGAACAAGGCCGGCAAGUUCCCUUCCCUGCUGACACACAAUGAAAACAUGGUGGCCAAAGUGGACGAGGUGAAGUCCACGAUCAAGUUCCAGAUGAAGAAGGUGCUGUGUCUGGCUGUCGCUGUCGGCCACGUGAAGAUGACCGACGACGAGCUGGUCUACAACAUCCACUUGGCUGUCAAUUUCUUGGUGUCCUUGCUCAAGAAGAACUGGCAAAAUGUCCGGGCUUUGUAUAUCAAGAGCACCAUGGGCAAGCCCCAGCGUCUUUACUAGGAUGCCCCAAUAAACCUUCGUGCUACCUU